AUGGUGGUGAACCCAAGGCGGAUGAGGCGGUACGUCUGGCUCCUGGCGCUGUUCGUUCCCGCCUCUAUGCUCGUAUUCUACGCACAUCUGUCACCACACUACGAGUCGCUGCCCGACCUCCCCGCGCUCCCGAGAGUGCAGCUGCAGAUCAACCCGAAGGAGCCAGUACCAGAGACGGCUUACUUGCCCGACUGUAUCUGCGGAACGACGGCUCGGGGUCGACACCUGUGCGAGAUCUACGGGGAGCAUGCGCUGCGAGCGUCGAAACUUGUUGAAGGCAGUGGUGCGAGGAUGCGGAACCUCCUCGCGAGGCUGAAUCAGGGGAUGGACUUGACCAUUGGCGUGCUUGGAGGAAGCGUCUCUGCCUGUCGCGGCGUGCACCCGACCCCCGAACACCCGGAGGGCGACCCGGCCGGACCGGGAUGCUACCACUCGGUCGUGAACGAGUGGUUCAAGGAGACGUUCCCGAACCUGACGGCAGACGCACCACCUGGCCAAGGAUGCCGAUCUGAUCAUCCUCGAGUUCGACGUGAACGACCAGGCCUGAUCCGCGUCCUGCUCGAACUGCCGAAUCAGCCUGCGUUGCUGAUUCUCGGAGCCUGGGCACCAAAGGUCGCCCAGGAGCAGGGCUGGGCGGACCCGCAAGUCUUCCACGUCCCGAUAGCCAACUACUUUGACGUACCGUACGUCUCGCUGAAGCGGGUCAUCUUUGAUCACUACGCACGCUAUCCAAAGUCAACCGCCGAGGCAUUCUUCCUCUCUGACCGGCUACACCCGAACGCCCGCGGCCACAGGCUGUUAGCAGACAUCGUGAUCGGUUACCUCGAGAGCCAGCUGUGCGAGCUGGCACGACACGGACUGCCCUCCGUGCCGGACCAGAAACUGACGCUCGCGUCCACAGAGCCGUCGAGCUUCUUCGUCGAGGUGGACGCGAACAUCGCCCAGCCGCCAGGCAGUAUUGACUGGACGCGCGUCCCAGACGACUGGGAACGCACCUGGUCCCUGGAAGAGAUGCACGCGAUCGGGGACGAGAAGCGCCACUUUGCCCUCCCCACAAGUCCCUAUGCAGUUAGGAGUCUGGGCAUGUUCACCCCGCUCGAGCUGUUCGUGGAUCCCGAGCAGCUCGACCCAGAGACCGGCGACGCGGUGCUGCACACGCUGCAGCCGAAGCCGUUCUGCGCCGACGCAAACGACAGGGAACACCCUAUGACGCCCCGGAUAGCCGAGGGGUGGAAGGCGUGGGACUGGCAUGAUGAGAAGCAUUACUGGAUCAGCGACACGCCAGGCAGUCGCAUCACGGUCGAUAUCCAGGUCAAUGCCGGUCGCGUGGCGAUUUACUACUUCCGCUCGGCGCAGUACUCGCUCGGCGACGCGCUGUGCUGGGUCGACGACAAUGAAAGGGGUGCGGUCCGGUUGCCUGGAUACUGGUCGAGGGCGUACAACAUGGCUGUUGUCAAGUACAUCGACCAGCGGGUCACGAAGGGCGCGCACUACGUCACCUGCGAGAUCGCGGCCAACUCGAGCCAUCCUCUUGAGCCGGACGCGAGCCACUUCCGCCUCGUGGCUGUCAUGGCCACAUAG